AAAUCGAAACAGACAAGGAAUUUGUCCCACGUGUCAGAACAGAAAUAUCUACCAUUGUUCCAACCUCAAGCUUCCAUCCCUUCACUCACUCUUUCUCACUCACUACACUCUUUAUGGCCAUCACCAGCAUAUGCUCAUCCCCAACUCACUCCUCCCCAACUCUCCCAACCAUUUCAGCGCUCAAAACCCACCACCCUCUCCAACUCCACGUACCAGUUUCCUCUUCCUCCACCAAGUUUGGCUCAAAUUUAGUCUCCAACGAUGCAUUAGUUAUUGCUGCGGCGGCCCAGGCGGUGGCGCUUGCCCGUGCCGCCUCUCAGGCUGCCAGAGACGCUGUGUUGGCUGCAGCCGAGUCUGGUGAGGUUUGGAGUGGCAGAGAGAGUGAUAAUGGGUUGGUGAAGGGAGUGAGGAGGAGGAGAAGGAGAAAAUGGUUGGAGGAAAAAAAUGGUGUAAGUUCGAGAAGUUCAAGUGGGUCAGUGAAGUCCAGGAAAUUGAGCCCAAGAGAGGAGGCAGAGCUUUGUUUGUGCCUCAAGGAGGGAGCAAGACUAGAGGCAGCAAGAAUAAGAAUCACCGAAGCUCAAGGCCGCGAGCCAUCCUCCAAACAACUGGCCGAAGCCAUAGGGAUGAAAAGGGGUGUAGAUAAGAUGUUGUGUGAUGGAAGAGAGUCAAGAGAAAGGAUUGCUCGGAGCUACCGGAGACUGGUUGUCUCCAUUGCCAAAGGUUAUCAAGGCAAAGGAUUAAGCUUCCAAGACCUCAUUCAGGAAGGGAGCAUUGGCCUUCUUAGAGGGGCGGAGAAAUUUGAGCCAGAAAGAGGGCAUAAACUGUCAACAUAUGUUUACUGGUGGAUUAAGCAAGCUAUUAUUAGAGCCGUGGCGAAUGAAUCUAGAAUAGUGAGAUUACCGGGACACAUAUGCAGGAUGGUGGCAAGAAUUGCAGAAGCUAGAAACCUCUUGAGUAAAACAUUAGGGCGGCUUCCUACGGAUAAUGAAAUUGCUGAAGUUCUCAGUGUGCAUAUUUCGACUGUGAGGCUUGUUUCCGAGAGGAGCAGACCCCCAAUUUCAUUGAAUCAAGCAGUAACCGAUCGAGGUCGCAUGACUCUCCAGGAGAUCAUUGCAGGAUCAGAUGAAACAAUGCCAGAAACAAUGGUGAAGAAACAAGUAAUGAAGCAAGAGGUGGAGAAACUUCUCAAGACACUUAAUAAACGAGAAGAACAUAUAUUGAGAUUACGCUUUGGACUCAAUGGAGAGCCACCUCGGUCGUGUGAGGAGAUAGGAAUGCUGUUAAACCUUUCAAGGGAGAGGAUUCGACAGAUCAAUCGCAGUGCACUAUCAAAGUUACAACAGACAAAUAUUUUAGACAAUCUAGAAUUAUAUAUGUAUAGAUGUUCUUGAAUUGAUUGACAGACUUAGGAGAUAGGAAAACAAAAGAAUAUGACAACUAAGAACUGUAAAUUUUACUGCAUCAAAUUUUUUUUAAGUUGUCAUAAACCAAGAAAUGUGAAUUUUCAUGUUCAUGUGUGGCCAAUGAUUUGGUUAUUUCCAUUAGAGAUGAAGUGAUUGA